AUGAAAGUUCAAAGCAGAUCAAAGUGCGAGUUACGCUGCUAUCAAGCGGCCGAUUGUGUGUCCUACAACUUUGGUCCAACCCAAAGUGAUACGCCAUCAUGCGACUUGAACAAUAGUACACAUUUGCAAGUCUCGAGCAGCGACUUCGUGACCAAAGAGGAUUACAUCUACCGACAUAUUUUGAAAUUACUUUUGAUAUGUUCUUCAGACUUUAUUUCCGGGUCGGGUUCACUUCUUGGCUCAUGUUACAAGCUAUUCACGGUGCCCGAGAGAUGGGACAACGCACGUGCAAAGUGCGAAGAUCUUGGAGCACAACUGGUAAAGAUCGAGUCAGCAGAAGAGAACGACUUCCUUAAAAGCACGUACCUCAACGCAUCUGGAGUGACCUUUUGGAUUGGACUAAAUGAUCAGAUGCAAGAAGGAGAAUGGAUAUGGGCAGAUGGUAGCUCGCUGGGAGAUUACGUGAACUGGUUUCAAGACCCCAACAACUUGGGUGAUAAUCAGCAUUGUGUCCAUAUACUCAGGGGACCCUUUUCUAUUGGUGAAUAUCAUUUUCAAGAUUAUGACUUAGGGUGGAAUGAUUUGGAGUGUGAUGUUACGCUGGGAUACAUUUGCGAAGCAUUUUCCCCCUAAGGGUGCUCCGUUCAACCAUUUAUGACGCUGUAGCUUUUCUAAUGGUCUGCAUUUAUUUGGACGUUGCUGAUUUUUAUGUGGUGACACAUGCUUUAGUUAUGAGUUCAUUAUCUAGUACUUGUUACAUAGCUCAAUCGAAGGUUAU